GGCCGUUUCGGGCUUAGUCUGGGAGCGGAGCUGAAAGCUGCUUGGCGGACUGACCGUGGGACUGGCACAGGGCUAGGCGGUGUUUUCUUCAGCUGCACAUGGCAGCACCAGGAGUCUGAGGCUGGCUUGACAGCAGCAAACAACAGCAGGAACAGCUAUGAUGAGAAUAAAGUGGAGGUAGUGAUGGUAGCCUGGGUGUGCGAGGCCUGAGCCCUGACUAUUAAAGAAGAAAUGAGCUUUGUAAAGAAUCAGCGAGAGCAUAUCAGGCGUGGACAACGGCAAUAGCCAAGUGUUUUAUUUUGAUUCUUCUGAAGACAGGAUUGUGACGAAUAGUCAUCAACAUUGCACAGCCUGCGUCUCAGUUAAUGCUUUAACCCGGUUCAUUUCUUAUUUUGUAGGUUUAUUUCUGCGUCACAUGAUCCUGGCCUACAGUAAGCUUUCUUUCAGUCAAGUGUUUAAACUGUACACUGCCCUUCAACAGUACUUUCAAAAUGGUGAGGAAAAGACAGUGGAAGAUACAGAUAUGGAGCUGAUGAAUAGAGAGGAGAGCGAAAGAAAAAUGGAGAAAGAGGAGCUCGAUGUAUCUGUCAGAGAAGAAGAAGUAUCUUGCAGUGGGCCCCUGUCCCAAAAGCAAGCAGAAGUUUUUCUUUCUCAACAGCAUUAUCUCAGCUACUUAAACAAUCUCCGGGUCCAAGAUGUUUUUAGUUCAACGCACAGCCUCCUUCACUAUUUUGACCGCCUGAUUCUUACCGGAGCGGAGAGCAAAAGUAACGGGGAAGAGGGCUACGGCCGGAGCUUGCGAUACGCGGCGCUGAACCUGGCCGCCCUGCACUGCCGCUUUGGUCACUAGUAAGUAAGUUUAUAGACUUUUGUCCAUGCCGACAUUGAAGACAUUAACUUGCAAACGUCAUGAGGUAUUAAAAGGAAAAAAAAGAAAGAAAAAAGGAAGGGAAGGAAUGAAAGGAGGGAGGGAGGGAGGAAGGAAGGACAGAUAGACAAAAAGAGACUCUUCAACCUGGACUUGUCAGUAACUUGCAAAGAGGGAACUUUUUUGUGCUGGGACAAAAGUGAAUCAAAAUCUUCUGCCUAAAUAGUCUGCCCCCUGGCGUCACUAUUUGGGAUCACAGUCUUUGUGCAUGGCCUCAUUCUGUCAUUGCUUCUAAGAACAGUCAUCGAAUUAAAACGAAAUUAGAUCAUUAGGCCAGAGAAUCCCAAAAGGAUUUUUUGGAGGUAAUAAUGGGGGUGCAACAGCUAUUUUCAGUAUUUCAAAAAGCUGAGAGGAAGUUGUGCCUUGACUGGAUGGAAGACUGCAUGGGCUUACUAACAGCCUCAUUUUUGCUUUUGGAUGGAAUUCAGGCAGGUCAGUGAGGAGACUCUGGUUUAUUCCAUUGCUCAGAUAUGCCUGUGUUUGUAAUGAAUAAAAAUAGGAACAUGGGUCAAUUAUUACCUAGUUAUAGAGGCAAAGGAACUCUGGUGGCACAGUGGUUAAGUGCUUGGCUGCUA